CGAGGGGCGCGCCUGCGCAGUGCGGCAGGCAAGGCGAGCUGUGGUAGUAGGUCUGAGAAGCUAGGGCUCGCGCGGAGUGGAGCGCGGCUGACAGGCUGUCAUGACUGAGGGCACGUGUCUGCGUCGCAGAGGGGGACCCUAUAAAUCGGAGCCGGCCACCGACCUCAGCCGCUGGCGACUCAGCAAUGAGAGGGGCAGGCAGGCGUGGACUUACUUUCAGGAAGACGAAGACCCUGGCCGAGAACAGACUGGCCUGGAAGCCCACUCCUUGGGGUUGGACACCAAGAAUUACUUUAAGGACUUGCCCAAAGCCCACACGGCGCAUGAGGGUGCUCUGAAUGGGAUGACGUUUUACGUGGGGCUGCAGGCUGAGGAUGGGCACUGGGCGGGUGAUUACGGCGGCCCGCUUUUCCUCCUGCCAGGCCUCCUGAUCACAUGCCACGUGGCUCGCAUCCCUUUGCCAGCCGGAUACAGAGAAGAGAUGGUGCGGUACCUGCGGUCGGUGCAGCUACCUGACGGCGGCUGGGGCCUGCACAUUGAAGACAAGUCCACGGUGUUUGGGACUGCGCUCAACUACGUGUGUCUCAGAAUUCUGGGCAUCGGGCCUGACGAUCCUGACCUGGUCCGAGCUCGGAACAUCCUCCACAGGAAAGGUGGUGCCGUGGCCAUCCCCUCCUGGGGCAAGUUCUGGCUGGCCAUCCUGAACGUCUACAGCUGGGAAGGCCUCAACACGCUGUUCCCUGAGAUGUGGCUGUUUCCCGACUGGGCGCCCGCGCACCCCUCCACGAUCUGGUGCCACUGCCGGCAGGUGUACCUGCCCAUGAGCUACUGCUAUGCCACCCGGCUGAACGCCUCGGAGGACCCGCUGGUCCAGAGCCUCCGCCAGGAGCUGUACGUGGAGGACUUUGCCAGCAUCGACUGGCCAGCACAGAGGGACAACGUGGCCCCGGACGAGCUGUACACGCCGCACAGCUGGCUGCUCCGCGUGGUGUACGCGCUCCUUAACCUGUACGAGCGCCACCACAGCACCAGCCUGCGGCAGCGGGCCGUGCAGAAGCUGUACGAGCACAUCAUGGCUGACGACCGCUUCACCAAGUGCAUCAGUAUCGGCCCGAUCUCGAAAACCAUCAACAUGCUCGUGCGCUGGCACGUGGACGGGCCGGCCUCCUCCGCCUUCCAGGAGCACGUGUCCAGAAUCCCGGACUACCUCUGGCUGGGCCUCGAUGGCAUGAAAAUGCAGGGCACCAACGGCUCCCAGAUCUGGGACACCUCAUUCGCCAUCCAGGCUCUACUGGAGGCGGGCGGGCACCACAGGCCCGAGUUCCUGUCCUGCCUGCAGAAGGCACACGAGUUCCUGCGGCUGUCGCAGGUCCCAGAGAGCCCUACCGACUACCAGAAGUACUACCGCCAGAUGAACAAGGGCGGCUUCUCCUUCAGCACGCUGGACUGCGGCUGGAUCGUUGCGGACUGCACAGCCGAGGCCUUGAAGUCCGUGCUGCUCCUGCAGGAGAAGUGUCCCUCUGUCACCGAGCACAUCCCCCGAGAGCGGCUCUGCGAUGCUGUGGCUGUGCUGCUGAACAUGAGGAAUCCUGACGGAGGCUUUGCCACCUACGAGACCAAGCGCGGGGGGCGCUUGCUGGAGCUGCUGAACCCCUCGGAGGUCUUCGGGGACAUCAUGAUCGACUACACCUACGUGGAGUGCACCUCCGCCGUGAUGCAGGCACUGAAGCAUUUCCACAGGUGCUUUCCUGACCACAGGGCGGCGGAGAUCAGGGACACCCUGGAGCGGGGCCUGGAGUUCUGCCGGCGCACCCAGAGGGCAGACGGCUCCUGGGAAGGCUCCUGGGGCGUGUGCUUCACCUACGGCACCUGGUUUGGGCUGGAAGCCUUUGCCUGCAUGGGGCAGACCUACCAAGAUGGGGCUGCCUGUGCAGAGGUCUCCCGUGCCUGCGACUUCCUGCUGUCCCGGCAGAUGGAGGACGGAGGCUGGGGGGAGGACUUCGAGUCCUGCGAGCAGCGGCGCUACGUGCAGAGCGCCCGGUCCCAGAUCCACAACACCUGCUGGGCUCUGAUGGGGCUGAUGGCUGCCAGGCACCCCGACGUGGCGGCCCAGGAGAAAGGAGUCAGGUGUCUGCUGGAGAAACAGCUCCCCAAUGGCGACUGGCCCCAGGACAACAUCUCUGGGGUCUUCAACAAGUCCUGUGCCAUCUCCUACACGAGCUACAGGAACGUCUUCCCCAUCUGGACCCUCGGCCGCUUCUCCCGCCUGCACCCCGACAGCGCCCUCGCCGGCCACCCCUGAGGGCGCAUCCGCCUGGCUGGGCGGCCGCUGGGGCUAAUGAGUGAUGGCGUCACUCGAGUUCCCGGCGGGGCUGAGGUGUCUCGGCCGGGUGGGGGGACCCUCCGUGCCCCUGCGUCGGGCUCUAGCCCCUAUCCCCCACCUCUGCAGGGGGCGGGAACCAGGCCUGGGGCAGCGUGGGCAGGGUGGGGGCUGUUUUAGACACUUGGCUUUCAGCACAGGGGUAGUUCUGAGAAUAGCUUGUCAGGCUCGGGUGAGGAAAGGAACAAGAUGAACCAUGACCCUCGAGGACACACGCACCUUCCACGGCAUCUCAGCGCAGUCCUCCCCCGGGUGUGCGGCUGGGAGGGCUUUUCUGACCCACAGCUGAGUUUUUGGGAGAGGAGCAGCUGUGCCUCGUGCGGUUCCUGCCUGGGUCUGCCGGGCACGUCCAGGCUGGCUCGGGCCUGGCCCGGCUGCCCCUCUCCUCUGUCUGUGGGGCUGAGGACGCAGGUGAGCCCACGGGGGCGGUGGGGACAGUGGGCUGAGUGGGCGGCUGUGAGCAGCCUGGGCAGUGGGCGCCUCCCUGUGUGUCCCAAGGCUGUAGUGGGAGCCAAGUGUGGCCUAGGCCUGGCCCCCAGGUGGCGGCUCGCCUGCGCGGCUCAGCAGGUUUGCAGGCACCGGCAUCCCGACCCCCAGGGGUCGUGGCCACAUGUUGAGACAGAGACGUGCGAAGGUGCCCGGGCAUCACAAGGGUUGAGGGGUCCACUGUCGUGGGGGUUACCAUCGUGAAGCACUGCUGUGUGCCAGGGCAACCUGUCACGUACCACACGUGGAGCCGGCCGGCAGGUACAGCAAUGCCCGGCACUAGGGCUGCUGUCAGCCUCGUGCACCCGCUCGUGCUCUGGGCUGGGGCGAGGGCCGGGUUUCUGGGGUGAGGAGCUCCCUUCUGGCUUCUAACCCUGUCUGGCCCGGCUUGCGUGGACACAGGGCUCAGGAUGGAAAAUUCAGGUCCUGACUUGGCCUUUGGCCGGCAUGGACGGGCGGCUCCUGGCUCAGGGCCAGCGUGAGAUUGUUGGCGUUCUCCUCUGGCCAUGGCGAGGGGUCGCCGGGAGCUGUGACGGGAAUAAGGCCCAGGCCUGGCACCAGCUCUGCUCCCUGCCCAGGGUACGCCCUGCAGCCUCACAGCCUGCCGUCCCUGUCCCUGCCAGCUCCUGGACGGCUGGCGUUCCAGCCUCUCUGUCCUGGCCCACGUCCUUGCCCUGACAGCCGAGAGCUGUGUCUGGAUGCCCCUCUGAUCCUGGCAUUCCUCGCCUGAACCCUCAGGGGCCGCCCCUGUGCCUCAGCACGGGUCCAGGGCUCUCACCGAGGCCUGGUGCCAUCUGCCCUGCUCCUGCCCAACUCGCGCUCCCCGACCCACUGUGCGUCACUGACUCCCCGGGGCUGCAGCUUGAGCGGUUUCCUCUGCUGACCUCUCACCUUCCUGCCUCGGGGUGGUCUCCUGCCCCCUCAGCCCUGCAGGGCUGGGCAGGCCGUGCCCUCGGUGGGGCUUUGGCGGGGCCUGUUGAGGCCAGUGCUCCCACAGACGUCUUAAAGCCAGGGCUUAUUUGGCUGAAAGAAUGUGUCAGGACCCUUGGAAGUUGCCGGCUGUGUGCACGCCCUUCUUUCCUCAGCCUACAAGUUCUCUCCCAGCUGGGCAGCAGCGGGGCAGAUGGUGGCUGUCAGGGUCUGCCCCGAGCAGCAGCUGCUGUCCCUGGAACCCCCAACCACAACCGGAUCACUGACCGGUUGUCCAGAAAGGAAAUGUAAAUCUACUUUCCUGCUGAAAAUGUUACUGAAAGUCACUAACAUGACCAGCUGCCUUAAUAAACAGACGGCGAUUCCUGGGCA